UUGCUUGUUAACGAAAAAUCUCAUCUAUUCAACCACCCUUCAACUGCAAGCUAACAAUGACUCACCUCUCCACCGAACUUCUUCUAAUCCUCGCCGUAUGCAGUGUUGUAUGCGGCGGAAGGGAUAUUUACGGUGACGUCCUUCGCUUGCCGUCUGAGACUUCCAGGUUCUUCCGUGCGGGCGAGGUUGUAGACGAUUUUGAUGAUGACUCUACGGGGACAAGAUGGGCGGUUUUGAUUGCUGGAUCCAAUGGUUAUUGGAAUUACAGACACCAGGCUGAUGUUUGCCAUGCCUAUCAACUAUUGAGGAAGGGUGGACUGAAAGAGGAAAAUAUCAUUGUUUUCAUGUAUGAUGACAUUGCCAACAAUGAAGAGAACCCUAGGCCUGGGGUAAUCAUUAACAACCCUAAAGGUGGUGAUGUUUAUGAAGGAGUCCCAAAGGAUUAUACUGGUGAACAGGUCAAUGUUGACAACUUUUUCGCUGUUAUUCUUGGAAACAAAACUGCCCUUUCUGGGGGUAGUGGGAAGGUUGUGGACAGUGGUCCCAACGAUCACAUCUUCAUAUACUACACCGAUCACGGAGGUCCUGGGAUCCUCGGGAUGCCUACAUAUCCUUACCUUUUUGCGAACGAUCUGAUCGAUGUGCUAAAAAAGAAGCAUGCUUCUGGGACUUACAAGCGCUUGGUAUUUUAUCUUGAAGCCUGUGAGGCUGGAAGCAUCUUCGAGGGGCUUCUUCCGAAUGAUUUAAAUAUUUAUGCAACCACAGCUUCAAAUGCAGAAGAGAGCAGUUGGGGAACCUACUGCCCUGGAGAGACUCCUAGUCCCCCACCAGAGUAUGAAACCUGUUUGGGCGACAUGUACAGUAUUGCUUGGAUGGAGGAUAGCGACGUACACAAUUUGCAGACAGAGACUUUGCACCAGCAGUAUGAACUGGUUAAAGCGAGAACUGCAGAUGACAAUUCUAUCUAUGGGUCACACGUCAUGCAAUAUGGUGAUGUAGGGCUUAGCAAGGACAAUCUCUUCCAGUAUAUGGGUACAAAUCCUGCAAAUGAUAACUAUACUUUCGUUGAGGAAAAUUCUUUGAGGCUUCCUUCAAAAGCUGUUAACCAGCGGGAUGCUGAUCUUGUUCACUUCUGGGACAAGUACCGCAAAGCUCCUGAAGGCUCUCCCAGGAAGGUUGAAGCUCAAAAGCAGUUUUUGGAAGCAAUGUCACACAGAGUGCAUAUUGACAACAGCAUGAAACUUAUAGGAAAACUCUUAUUUGGAAUUGAAAAGGGUCCUGAGGUCCUGAAUGCUGUUCGACCUGCCGGUCAACCUCUUACUAAUGACUGGGACUGCCUCAAGUCCAUGGUGAGGACCUUUGAGCUGCAUUGUGGAUCACUAUCCCAGUACGGGAUGAAGCACAUGCGCUCCCUUGCAAAUAUCUGCAAUGCUGGUAUUGUGAAGGAGCAGAUGGCCGAGGCAUCGGCACAGGCUUGCGUCACUGUUCCAUCUGGUCCUUGGAGCUCUCUCAACAAGGGUUUCAGUGCAUAGAGAAGUUAAAAAUGUGGUAAUAUUAAAGAAGCCAGUAUGGUAUGUGUAAGGUAGUACCUUCAAGCUCUAUUGUUGGCUACGCUUGCAUAUUUAGAUGCAUAUAUACUAUUGCGAUUGCCGAUUGCCGAUUGCCGAUUGCCGAUUGCCGAUUGCCGCUGUGUAAAUAUGAUUUAGAAGUGCCUCGAGCAUAGAAUGCUUUGUAAUGAAACUAUUAAACUAAUGCUUCAAAUGUGUGUGUGUAUAUCCAUGUUUGUCUGAAAAAACAUGUGUAUUACCCGUGUAGACUGGUGAUAUCAUGUUAUAUAUUUACGGAUAUAAAGUUUAGCCUGUAAAAUUUUCAAAGGCCAAUUUGGA